AUGUCAACAUCUCGUAUUCGAUAUGACAAAGAUCGUAACGGCGUCGAUGUCAAAGCGGCUGCACAGAUCAAGGCGCAACGGCAACCCGACGGCCAGUUCCAAAGCCCCAACACAAAAUACCCGGCGCUAAUCUUCGAGGUCGCCUUCUCACAGAAUCCAGGCAAUUUUGCAAAGAUUGCAGAGGGUUAUAUGGAACGCUCGGGCGUCAACACCAAGACCUUCAUCGGCAUCAAUAUUGACUAUAAAUCUCGAUACCCCUCGACUUUAUCCUUGUGGAAAGCUGUAAAUGCUAUUGAAGACGGUGCUCCGGUCCAGGAUACCUUUGAGGCAGUCGAGGUUAUCGCAUCAAAGCCCUUCCGAGAUGCCAGCGGCGCACCCUGCAACCCAGACCACGAGCUCCGCCUUUCACUCCAAGAUAUUGCCACAGGCCCCAAAACCCCAGACCUCGACGCGAUUCAGAUUGCCAUCACCUACGACAGGCUUUGCAAGAUACUAGACAAGGCGUGCCGGUUUCAUGCAUGGAGGGAGGACUCCGAGCCCCACGCCGGCUUCCAGGCCAAGCACCAGACGUUUCGGCGCAAGCGCUCGCCAACGCCGCCAGACUGUAUCCUCCCCGAUGAUGAGGCCCGCUAG